UUGUACUAAUCGUGUGUGUACAGUAGGUACCUACCACUCAACGUAUAUAUCACGCCUAACACACUUAUAUUAAUAUUUAAAUACCAUAACGCGAAGCGAAAUCCAYAACGGGUUUAAAACGAAUUUUUCGGAACGUCUCGUCGUCUGAAUUAUGUUUCGAAUUUUAGCAUUUCUACUCAUUUUGUGUGUGUCGAGUCUGCAUGGUCUACUGCAGAUCAUUAACGGCGAAAUAUGUACGACCACUUACACGGUGGGCUACGGGUAUUCGAAUUGGAACAACGCCACUGAAAUUCCGUCGGCGGAUGGCUCAGUGAUGUUCAAGUUUUACGUGCAAGCGGCAAGUGACGCGCACAUCAUGUUGGCCAGAGAACCGUCGUCGUUCGGGUACGAAAUCGUUCUCGGAGGCGGGUCGAACAGUUUUUGCGAUAUACGCAAAUUCAACAGGUAUGAUGUGAAUUYAUAA